AUGGUUCGGGUGCGGGCUGUGGUAAUGACCCGAGACGACUCAAGCGGCGGUUGGGUGCCCAUGGGUGGUGGUGGCCUGAGCCAUGUAUCCAUCUGUAAAGUCCGGCACCCUGACGAAGGGCAGCGCCGUCAGUACCUGAUAAAUGGAGAGCGCCUCCGGGACCAGACGACCAUCUUGGAGUGUACCUUGAAAAGGGACCUGGUCUACAACAAGGUGAACCCCAUUUUCCACCACUGGAAAGUCGGAGAUAACAAGUUUGGCCUCACUUUUCAGAGCCCUGCAGAUGCAGUGACUUUUGAGAAGGGCGUGCAAGCCGCUCUGAAGGAGAUCACGGAAGGUGAGGGGACCCCCUCUUCAACCAAUCAACCAGAACUGUGUCCUAACCUCUGCAUUGUGGCUUCUCUCUCUCUCUAGGUGCGCACAGAUAGCGAGUCUUCCUCAAAUAGCCAGAAGGAGAUGCUCCCCAAACCCAUCACCAUUGUGACCAGCGAGUCCUCUUCCACCUGCUUCAUUCGCACCCCCAUUUCGGAAGAGUUCCCUUUCAGUUCAACACAAGGGGCAAGCUCAGCUGGACCGGUGCAAGCCGAGCCCUUGCAGCAGCUGACUCUCCCAGAUGAGGAGGAGCUGGAGAGCAUCACCCCUUGUCCCUGGGUCACCAAAGGCUACGAGGACUACCGGCGGGCCGUGGUUCAGAAGCACCAGCCAGACCCCGAGAAGAUUGACCUAUGCGUACACUUUGAGAAGGGCGGCCGGGGCAGCCGAUCUCCCCGGGAGAAGGAGUACAGCUUUCCCCCUGGGGCCGAAGGGCGGCUCAAGGACCCCAAGGCUUCGCCCUCCUGCCGGAUCCAUGGGGCCUCCUCCCCCACGAAACAUAAGCCAAUGAAGGAGCAACAGCAGUCUCCGCAGCCGCCCCCUGGAGCCAUCAUGGGCGUGGAAGAGGACACGGUGCCCUCGCGGUGCGUUUACUGCCGGGAUGUCUUUAACAAUGAAGAAAACGGGCGGGGACAGUGCCAGGAUGCGCCGGACCCCAUCGGCCACUGUGUCUACCAGUUCACUUGUAUGUGGUGCGCCGAGAGCAUGCUCUACCACUGCAUGUCAGACUCGGAAGGGGAGUACUCGGACCCUUGUUCCUGCGACACUGGCCACCCACACUUCUGCAUCCGCUGGCUGGCUCUGGCCACCCUCUCCUUGGUGGUCCCGUGCAUGUGCUGCUACCUACCCCUUCACGCCUGCUACUCCUGCGGUGAGCGCUGCGGUUGUUGCGGCGGCAAGCACAAAGCCGUCCGGUGA